UGUGGGUCAGUCUGUCGGUGUGAGUCGUGGUGGAAGGUUGUGGGGCUUGUGUCGCUCCUUACAGUGAUCUUUGUUUACCCAGGACUCUCUUCAUCUCCUCAGCUCUUUGACAGGCAACGUAAUGGAGCUUGUGUGGUUGGUGCUAGGGCUCCUGGUGGCCCUCACCAGUGCCAUGUCUCGGCGACACAGAGACGCUACGCCAUAUAUUGACGACGACUCCCAUCAACUAUGGUCGUCCGAGACGGCUGACCUCAUGGAGGGCGAACAGGUCGACGCCCACCUCCUCGAACACCAUGACCCCUGCUUGGCACACUUCUGCGAACGAGGCCGGGUGUGCCGCCUUGACCACGUCAGCCAGCCGCAGUGUGAGUGCCAGCCCUUCUGCUCUAGGCACCGGAAGUUAGUGUGUGGCACUGACCAGCGCCUCUACCUCAACCAUUGCGAGCUCCACCGCGCCGCCUGCGUCACCGGGGCCAAGAUUCACAUAGACAGGAGCCGCAAGUGCUUCAGAAAAGGUCUGAUGCCCAUCACUUGGGAUAACACGCCCACGCCCGCCACGCCUGCUCCGCCCCCCGAGGAGGAGGAAGAGGAGAAAGAGGCCCAGGCCCUCAGAGAACUCAACUCCCUCAUCCGUGACGACCUCACUCAGGGUGGAGGAGCUGUGUUAACGACUCGAUCUCCAGUUGAAGACGAGGAAGAAGAAGAAGAUGAGGACGAGGAGGAGGACGAGGAAGGGUCCACCAAUCUGGAGAUGAACGACGAGAGUGACCACGACAAUAAAAUUCGUGGCGGCGGUGCGUGUUCCAUUCAGCAAUACGAGAUACUCAAGGACAACCUGCUGCUGUACCACCACGCGCGGCUCAUGGCGGAGAAGGGUCGGGGCUCCGAGCGGGAGUACCUGGUGGGACUCAUGUUCUCUAAGUUCGACACCAACAACAAUGGCGCCCUCGACAAAGAUGAACUCGUGCAGGUGUCGCAAGUGGAGGAGGUGAACCGCCUGGCGGAGGACUGCUCGCUGGUCGACAUGCUUCGCUACGACGACUCCAACACCGACGGUCACCUCAAUCUUAACGAGUUCUAUACCGCCUUCAGUAAGUUGUACAGCGUGUCCGUGGUGUCGCUGGACAAGGCCCUCGAGGUGAACCAUGUCUCCGCGCGCGUCGGAGACAACCUGGAGAUCAAGUGCGACGUCACGGGCACCCCCACACCCCCCAUCGUCUGGAGGAGGAACAGCCUCGAUCUGGCGGCUCUUAACUCCGAGGACAUCCGGGUCUUCAUGGAUGGUUCGCUGUACCUGACCCGUCUCCAGCUGGUCCACGCUGGUAACUACACCUGCCACGCCGAUCGUAACAAGGAUGUAGUUCAGACCCACAUUCUGACAGUCCACACGGUGCCAACUGUGCAGGUGACUCCACACAUCCAGAGCCUGCGGCCGGGAGAGGAAGCCAUCAUGAGCUGUAGAGCUACGGGCGAGCCAUUCCCCAAGGUUGAGUGGCUGAAGAACGACGAGCCGCUGCGCGUGGACAUCCCGCACAAGUACGAGGUGGUGGGCAAUGGUACGCAGCUGCGGGUACGCAACAUCGGCUACGCGGACACCGGGGCUUACAUGUGUCAGGCCACCAGCGUUGGCGGCAUGGCCAGGGAUAUCAGCUCGCUCAUCGUCCAGGAGAACCCGGCACCCACGGGGGAGCAGCAGGAGAGCAGAGUGUUCGUGUUCCAUGACUGGGGAAUAGCAGUCUAUGAGCCAGACGAGUGCCGACUUUUCCACGUUAUUCAAGGAACUGAUGUCAUCCCCGGCACGCAGGAGUAUGUCUGCGGUGACAAAGGUACAAAUUGCUCAUGGGGGCGAGCGAUCAACGUGGCCGAGAGGUACAUCUAUGUCACUCAGCCCAGGAGGGACAGAGUGCUGGUCGUCUCGGUACCCCAGAUGGUCGUCGUGGAUGUGAUUGUGACUGACCAGUAUCCAGUGGACCUUUCCUACGUGCCAAACUUGGACCAAGUCUGGGUCCUCAACUGGCGCUCCACGAAGGACGAGGGAGUCAAGACCAUACAGGUAAUUCUCUCACCUACUAAGGUAAUCCGUGAUGCAUCACAGAAGAAGAAACAUCACACGGUUCACCCAGAGCCCAUUGAUGGCCACUUUGAUCUGGUCAAGAACUUAUUUGUUCCAGCUACACAGGACCUGGGCCAUGACUUCAGGUAUGCCUAUGUGACACACACCAACCAGCGAGGUCUGUACAAGCUUGACCUGGCUAACAUGAAGUAUGUCAAGACUGUCGACCUCACGCCUUACAAUUGUGUUCCACAACAUCUUGUUUUCUCAUCUCUACAUGGACUGGUGGUGAUGGACUGUCAUGAGCCAGUGACUGGGCGGCGGACAGGACAACUGGUACUGGACUACCUGACAGAUGCUGUCCUGAGUCACAAGACAACAUUGAUGGGACAGCCACAUGUAGUUCCAGACUCCUCGCUUAUUGUCACUGUUGACACUUUCAAUCAUGUCAAAAUUGUUGUGCAGAAAGUCACAGAUCAUGGCCUGGACUAUGUAUUCGAUGUAAUCACCACUCUGAAUGUAAGUGAUGUCACUUUCUUCCCGUCACGCCUCACCCACAGCUACGACCUCUAUGCAGCCUCCACUGAUAAAGACGACAUCUUCUUCCUUGACCUUCAAUCUGGUAAGGUAGAGAUGAUCACAGGAGUGGGCAAGGCAAUGCAACCUGGCUUGACCGAGUGGAGCAACACGAAUCGACCUAUCGUGUCAUCCGGGGUCUUUGGUCACUACAUGGUGUCCCCGGCUGAGGCUGCUAUCUUUGUCAUCAAUGGAGAGACCCGCACUGUUAACUGUGAGAUUGGCUCCCUGGUCCAUCCUCGCCUAGCAGUGUGGAUCACCAGGAAAUACAUGUAAAAGAAGAAACAUAAUAACACACUUUAGAAGAUACAGUAACCCAAUCCCCUAACAAUUUUUGAUGUGAGGAUAUAUGUAGAUAAAGGUAUAAUAAUUUAAAUAUGAACUAUGGUCAUAUAUGAUUGCAAAUAUUUGUUUAUAAGCAAGAGCCUAAAAUAAAAGGGUCUUAUAAUUUCAGUGAAAUUUUGAUGGUUCUGUGUAUUCAAGCCAAACUAUGAACCGGCCAAAACACAUGAACAUACAUUCCUGACAGUUUUCUGAAAUAUUACAAAAAGGACACAAACAUACAAGUUUGAUGAAAAUAUCCAACAGAGAUGCACGCAAAAACCAAUAAUGAACACCAAGCAGCCUUAUAACAUUGUAAACUGUAGCCGUACCACCAAGAGUGAGCAGUGUGGUUUCGUAUGUAUCAUGUUUAAGGGUGAAUUGCAAAUUGGAGAACAGGAGACAGAACACAGACAUAUCUUAUGGCCCUCAAUUUCUAGUCCCUGAGAAUUAUUCAUUCCACCUGUCAGAAAUCAAUCCACGGGUAUUACAGUUUAGCUAUGAAGUCAGUUUACAUAGAUUUUAAUGCAGAUGCCCAUUUGUAUCUAGUUUGUGGUAUUGAAUUAUAGUUCUCUUUUCAUAAGCAAUUGAACUUGGUUUCUAUAUUUAUGUAUCUUACAUUUUCAAAGAAAAGCAGCGGUGACUUGCUGUUUAAUGCAGCAAUAUGGAUUACUGUAUUACAGUUGGUCUUGUUUUCAAUAAAGACAUACAUUGGAAAAUGGGUGCUUGGAGAGGUCUCGUGUGAGGUGCUGUCACAUAUCUAUAGUGAGUUAUUUUUAAUGUCUGGUCAUUACACACACACACUGUUGUAACUAGAUGAAGUAACCAGAAUUUAAACAGCUUUCCCAUAAUUUAUGACAGACAAAUAUAGAAUUAAGAUUACUGUAUUUGGUUAAGGUUUCUUUACAAACUGUUACUAUACAUCAAGACAUAUACAGUUUUUUUGUGACAACUCAAAAUUAAUCAGCUAACCAAAGAGCUUUAAAUUUAAAGAUAGGCAUAGUCAAAGUAUGAAAGCAGGAAUUGUUAAAUCCUUAAUGUGGCUCCUGUCUACAUCAAUUAGAAGCACUUUCAUUUUAAUAGUAACCCCAUCCAUAAUAGUCAAUUAGUAUGGUAGUGAUUAAUAAAUGCUGAUAUUUUCUUCCAAUGCAUAUAUUUUUUUUUAUACAAUCAUCCAAAUUGAUGUAAGUUUGCUUCCGAGUACAAUAUUUCCAACUCGACGAAUUGAUAACUUCACAAAUGACAACCAUUACACUGCUACCUGACAUUGUAUUACCUAAGUUUCUUUAAUAUAUACAAAUUAACAUUCGAGAUCACAUAACUAUCAGCAUUCAUGUCAAAUAAUUUAAUUUUCUUCAUUUAAUGUCUCAAAUACAAAUAUUAAGUGCCACUCAUACCAUAGUUUUUACUUCUUGCACAAAACACAUACAGUAUUGGUUUUGACUUUAAUUCUGAGUAUUUGAAAGCAGAUUGAAAGAUAUCAAUUAUAUAAUAUAUAUAUAUAUAUUAUAUAUAUAAUCAUUUCCUUUAUUCAAGACAUAUGUGCAGAAGCUACAAACUGAUUCCCUCCAUGCUGUGGGCAACAUGGAGCAAGUGGUAUUGCAAAGACACCCAAACAAAAAAAUGCAGAAUGAGGUACUCUAAUGUUGUUUGAAGAAUCACAGGUUUUUUGUGUCAAAUGGUUUUAGAACUAAUUUGCAUUAGAUGAACCUAAAAAUACAUGCUUUGUAUGAAGCUUUUAUUUGUUUUAGCUGUUUCUGUAUAGCUUGGUAUUACUGUAUCACUGAUGACCAUAUUAAAGUUGUAUUUAGCUAGCAGUUGGUUCUAAAACUUAUGCAUACACAAUAAAAUAAAGAGUUUCUUUCAUCAGCAAGAGUUCGUCUUGUGAUUCAGUGUAGUCUUCAUAUGUAGCAAUGAGGCCAGCAGUUUUGAGCUUGUGUAAGAAUGACACCUUUCCACCAUAUUGUGUGUUGAAGAUAACAAUGAGGUUAUCCCUCAGCAAGGCAUAUUAAUGCUGGCUUCAUGAAUGUCCUUCAAAUAGAAUAAAACCUGUUUAUUGCCUUACAAGUACAGGCUUGUGUUUGUAUGUAACUACAUCUUGUAUAUUGAUGUCUGUAUCAAAGAAAACUGCUUCACUGACUAGUGUGGAGUAGCUUCAGUACUUUAAGAAACAUUAAGAUAAGUCUAGUACGCUAGAAAUUUGCAGCGUACUCCCAUCUGCUAAACAAAAGAUCCAAUGUGUACGUGUACUCAGUUGCUGUUACGGUAUAGAAUAGGAUACAAAUUUAAGACUACUGUAUAUGUAAAUACAAACAUCCUGUUUCUAUAUGUAGCUUUUUGCUUUACAAAAUUACAGUUUAUAGAGUAGAGUAUUAUUUUAUUGUUUUUUGUGUUUUUUUUAAGGUAAAUUUAUAGUAAUAGUAACUAGCUAAAAUAUUGGAAAACUGAAUGCUGUAAACAUUAUUGUCAUAUUUUGACUGGACUUGGGUGCAUCCACUUUUUUAUAUGUGCGGUGUGAAGGCAUACACUCACUCGUAUAUCAUGGGACACUCCUGGCUGUUCCACAUAUCAGUUACUUAUUACACUAUCACUGGGAUUAUAAACAGAAUGGCUUUUCUCAUGUUUAUUCUAGAAUCAUUUUUAUUUAAAAAAUUAGAAUUGUGCAUUUCAGGCUAUUGUUAUUCUUAAAAAAGAAAAACAUUGCUGGAGUGAAUAUGAGAAAUUCUAUUCUUGUUUGCAAUGUACAGGUUAGCAUGCAGGUGACUUACAUUGCUUUUUAUCCUAAAAAUUAUAUAAUUGUUAAUAUGCUAUAGAAUAAGUCUCUCCUGAUGCUCUAAUUCACCUCUGACAUCCAUGACAAGUUGGUCAAUAAGAGCAAGCAACUAAUCACUGAAAAGUUACCUACUUCGUUAUGUCCAUAGUUUUCUAAAACAGUCCGGUUGCUUCUAAGAUCAAAUACUGUGUUACUGAGAAUAAUGAUACAACACCAUUCUGGUGGAUGUUAUUUAACUACAGCUGCCAAGCUUUUAUUUAAUGGCAAAGCCAUGUAAAGAAAACCCAUUAUCAAUACAUAAAGGGGAUUUUCCCUGUAGGUACACUACAACCUUCCCCCCACCCCAUCCUUCUAUAUUCAGCCCUUAUGAGCAGUUUUGUGGGAUUGGUGCUGUGGCACUCGGCACACACUACCUGCUUCAUAAUUAGCAGGUUUUAUGCUGUACAAUACAUCCAAUACUUUUAUAUUUAUUUUGAUACUACUCCUUUAGUCAUUUAAAUUUAAGUACUUUUUUUUUUUAUCCAUGGUGUGAUCAAGCAAAAGAAAGCAUUCAACACAAAUAUUCAUUGUGGGAAUAAGCAACGUUGUAGCAGCUUACGAAUACAGUAAUAGAGUAAAAAUAACUCACGCAAACUCACAGUUAAUAACCGAUAUUAGUAGCUGCAAAUGCCUUGCCACCACUUGUAGAGAUUACUAAUGUUAAGCAUGAACUGUUGUCAUAUACAAUACUAGUAUAUGGAUAUACUUUACUUAGCAAUAAAUCAUAUCAGUUC